AUGCCUGCGACUUUUGGCUACAAAUGCUUGCAAAACGUCGGAUGGUGCACCAUUCCUCCUCGCGUCGAAUCUUUGAUCAUUGUGGUCUUCAUCAUCCUAAACACCCUGCUUUGUGUCAUCGGCUACCCCUUCUUCGAUGGCAAUCUUUACUUCCCCACUAUGCGAAGUCAAGUGUCUACACUUCAGGCCGUUAUUCACUCCAUUGGCUACACCCAACUGGUCCUUGAUGAUGGCGGGAUGCCGCUCUACAAGUGGUAUUGGACCGAGUACUUUUGGUGGACGGGAGAAAUUGCUACCAUCUCCAUGUGCGCCAUACUAGGCUUCUCAGUAUUUUGGAUGCGUCGGCAAUUAUACGAAACUUUCCUCGUCCUCCACAUCGUUCUUUCCAUCAUUGUCCUCAUCACCAUGCUUGGGCACGUUUCCAUAUUCUUGGGUCGAUUCGACUUCCCCAUCUUUGGAAAAAUGACGUACCACCCCGAGUCCAACACUGUUCGACUCGUCGUCCCUUGCUCUACCAGCAUCUACAAGCCCGCCCCGGGCACCUUUUACUACAUAUACGCCAUCAACGACAAGCGGCCCUGGGAGAGCCACCCCUUCACCAUGGCAUACACCACGCCAGAACGCCAGCCGUCGCAGUUGGAGCGCGUCGGACUCCUACAGCAGGAUCUACGGCCGCAGUACGACGCAUUAGACGAAGAAGUCGAGCCGUCCAUGACUUUCCUCAUCCGCCCCUACGACAGCUUCACCUCGAGGAUCCGCGACCGGGCCGCGGCGGGCAAGUCGAAAGCCCGCGUGCUCGUCGAAGGCCCCUACGGCACCACGCACGCCUUUGAAAAGUUCGAGCACGUCCUCUUCAUCGUGGGCGGAAGCGGUAUCGUGGUGCCACUCUCGUACUUGGAGGUACUGAACCGCAGUCAGACCGUCAAGUCCGUCACCAUCGUGUGGUCCGUCCGCGAGCCGGCCUUUGCCGAGGAAGUCCUCAAGCACGAUGUCCCCGCCACCAUCCAUAACGGAAAGGUCGACAUACAGGUCUACCUGACGCGUGGCUUCUCCAGCGAUCCGGAUGCCACCCCGCCCGAGUGGUCGAAACUGGUCAAUGUCGUGUCCGGCAGGCCGGACGUGCACUCGACGGUCGAGUACGCAGCGUAUCGCUCCGACGGCGAGAGCCUUGCCGUCGUCUCGUGCGGGCCAGCCAUUAUGGCGGAUGAUUCGAGGCAGGCGUCGGUCAGCAUGCUUGCGAGAGGGUUCCACAGGAUAGAGUAUUUCCAAGAGGCGUUCAACUGGUAG